AUGAUUUCCACUGCAACCCCUGAAGAAGAUUGCUUUUAUACAGUGAAUGGAAGGAUACUUGAAAACCUGAGCGGAGUGCCUCCGGAUGCUGUCGUGCGUAAACAUUACCGUCUUCGGGGCGGCAAAGGAGGAUUCGGUUCUAUGUUACGCGCCAUUGGAAGUCAGAUAGAAAAAACCACGAAUCAUGAGAUGUGCCGCGAUUUGUCCGGGAGGCGUAUGCGUGAUGUGAACAUGGAAAAGAAACUAAAAGAAUGGUACGCAAAAGCAAGUGAUAGAGAGCGAGAGAAGAUGGAAAAAUAUUAUGAGCGACGCAUGAAGCGACAAGAGAUGCUUGCUAAAGGUCCGUUGCCAGGUCACAAAUUUUCAGACCGUGAGUAUGAGCGCCAGAAGCGUAAGAUAGCUUACGAACUGCAAGGAGCGUUGGACGAAGCUAUUGCGAAGGUGAUAAAAGAAAAGUCGCUAGAUGAUGCACACCAACCGUCCACAUCUUCUAAACGUCCCCGAUUGUGGAUUGAAGAGCUUGACGGUGACUCGUACAGCUCUAGCAGUACAAAUGCAAGUGAGAACGGAUCCCCUGUCCGAAUGGUGCCAGAAAUGGAUGACCAACAGGCAGAAGAAAGAGAGCGAACGGAUCCAGAUCAUCCAAUUCGAUCGGAGAGCGAAAUUCCUGAGCAUCCAUCCGACCCUCCUGUCACAGGAAGUGCUCAGUCACCUGCUCCGUGUCAAUCAGCUGAGAAACCAAAGGAAAAGCCACCAGUGCAAUCGUUGACAGACUCACAGUUAAUCGAAAUCCAGUCUGUAGAGAUCCUUGAGUCUUUCGGCCUGGACGUCCUCAAGCAAUCCUUAAUUUCUCGCGGGCUGAAAUGUGGCGGUACUCUUUCGGAACGCGCCACUAGGCUCUUCUCCAUUCGUGGUCUCGCGCCAGACGAGUAUCCUGCCAGAAUUAAAGCAAAAUCCAAAUGA